GAAGGAACAUUUGCGCCCCUGUAAAAACUCCUGCGGCCUGGACGUUUGCAGCGAAACGUGCCAAAACUCAUCCUCUCAUUCAAAAGAAUGCAAACUGAUAGGAGAAUGCACGCAGAAACGAAGCAAUGUUUCCGAUCAAUUUAGGCAGGAUUUAUAUGAGAAUCUAACGCCGCUAAGGAGUUUAUUUCUGGAUGAGUGUGAAAAGGACGUCGUUUCAUGCUUAAUAGCUCACGAUCGGGAGGAGCAUGGGCAUGAAAUUGAAGCUUUGAAAAAUAAGCUCGGGUUCGAAUUUACAGAGGAAGACGAGAUAUUUUUAAGAUUUGUUUGCUGCGUCAUGGACGCAAAUGCCUUCGAAGUGAUAGUAGGCAAUGAAGAAAAUACCAGCAGUGUUAGAGCCCUAUACCCUUUGGGAAGUUUGGCUAACCAUUCAUGCAUCCCCAAUACCCUCCAUGUGUUCAAUGAUGAGCAGCAAAUGGUAGUGAAGGCCACUACAUUUAUUCAAAAAAAUGUCGAGCUUUUCCACUCAUACACCCGCAUUAUCUGGGGAACCACCACCCGUCUGUACCACUUGCACAAAACAAAGCAUUUCAUUUGCAAAUGCGCCCGAUGUGAAGAUCCCACAGAGUUUGGUACGUAUAUGGGGUCGGUUCUCUGCAAACUAUGCAGAGGGAUUGUGAGUUCAACAAAUCCAGAAAAAGCAUUUGCUAGAUGGCAGUGCCAGGACUGCAAAAAUUUGGUCUCUGGACGCGAUGUAGGGCAAUUAACCGCGUUAUUGGGAUCAAUUCUUCGCAAUGUAGAAAGCAACGAUUAUCCAUUUAUGUACCGGCUUCUUAAUGGGAAGCUCAAGUCUGUGGUUCCAGAAAACAACCAAGUAGCUGUUGAACUCAAGUAUAAAAUCGUUUGGAUAUUAGGGUAUAAAGUCGGUUAUAUGUGGGGCGAACUAACACUCGAGCAGCUAAAAAUCAAAGAACAGAUCUGCAAAGACAUUCUAGAGCUUUUGGAGAAGCUACGAUGUGGCCAAAGUAAAAUGAGAGGAUUGCUGCUGUAUGAGCUCUGUUGCUGUAAACGAGAAACUAUAAAUAGGACCAACAACUGCAAUCAGAACUCGAUUCCUGUAGAAAUUCGCGAUUUGCUAUCUGAAGCGGCCUCGAUCCUGCAAUACGACACAUCAGCUCCAGAAGAAAUUAAACAGAUCUGCCAGAACAACAAACCUCAUCCAAACAAAAUACUGGCUGUUUAGCUUGUGAAUUGUUUAUAUAAACAAACUCGUAAUAUAUUCUAUAAUGUAUAUUA